CGUAGUCACAGGACACGAUGCUCUGUUGAUAUGAUGCAAUGACGCACGGAGAUCCACCUCGCCAAUACACCAUAACUCCGCCUCGCCUGCAUUCCGCUAAUAAGUGAGAGUAUACCGGGUGAUCGCCGGCAGUCACCGAGGGACGCAGCAGCAGCACUGACACAUACACACACACACCGGCUGCGCUAUAUCCGGGUAGCAGCGUCUGCGCAUUACCGCAAUCCUCUAUAUUUAUUCCGCCUGAUCCCUGUUAUUUAUUAUCUAUUAUUAUUAUUACUCGUGACCUCUGCCUGCAUACAGCCUGCGGGAGCCGGAGCAUAGCAGCCAGGCAGAGAGCCAAGCGCAGCAGUAGGAUCACUGCAGCCACACAGUCUACAUCAGCUUAACUCGUGGACACUGUAUUUGAACACUCUCCUUGAUUUUAUCUUUACUGCAAAGCAAACCGCUAGGAUGAACAAACAAGAAAUGGGAAGACUGGAUAUUUUCCCUGAUGACGACAGCGUUAGCUUCAACAGCAACGAUGAUUUCAAUUAUUCGGAAUAUCCGGCAAAUAAGCUGUCAACUAAAGGUCAUUACGAUAUGGAUCCAGAAAACCAAAAUUUCCUGCUUGAACCUAAAUUGGCAAAGAAGAAAUGUGAGACUGAAUAUCUUCCAGGUACCACUUCAUUUGGCAUGUCAGUAUUUAACCUCAGUAAUGCCAUCGUUGGAAGUGGAAUCCUAGGUCUUUCGUAUGCUAUGGCUAACACUGGAAUAGCACUCUUUAUGAUAUUAUUGACAUUUGUGUCAAUAUUCUCUCUGUAUUCCAUUCACCUUUUACUAAAGACGGCAAAUGAAGGAGGUUCUUUGUUAUAUGAGCAAUUAGGAUUUAAAGCCUUUGGUUUAUUUGGAAAACUUGCAGCUUCUGGGUCUGUUACAAUGCAAAAUAUUGGAGCCAUGUCAAGCUACCUCUACAUAGUGAAAUAUGAAUUGCCCCUUGUAAUCAAGGAACUGAUUGGACCGAAUGUCAAUCAGGAUGCAUGGUUCCUAAAUGGAGAUUAUUUGGUUGUACUCGUCUCUCUGUUCCUCAUCCUUCCUUUGUCACUACUGAGAAACUUGGGAUAUUUGGGUUACACAAGCGGAUUUUCACUCAUGUGUAUGGUCUUCUUUCUCAUUGUUGUCAUCUACAAGAAAUUUCAGAUCACUUGUCCCACUUGGCUGGAUAAUGAUGCCAUGAACAUGACUUUAAACAGCACCUUGUCUCACCUGACCACACAUGCUCCUAUGGAGAACUCAGAGCUCAACAGUACAGACGAUGAUAUAUGCAAACCAAAGUACUUUGUUUUCAACUCCCAGACGGUGUAUGCUGUACCAAUCCUGACUUUCUCCUUUGUCUGUCACCCAGCUGUCCUUCCCAUCUACCAAGAACUUAAAGGCCGCAGUCGUAAAAGGAUGAUGAAUGUUUCAAACGUUUCAUUCUUCGCCAUGUUUAUUAUGUAUCUUCUGGCUGCUCUCUUUGGAUACUUGACUUUUUAUGGUAAGGUUGAGCCGGAGUUACUCCACACUUAUUCAAAGGUUACAGGAGCUGGGGUCAUAUUUGUUGUUGUGCGACUGGCAGUUCUUGUGGCCGUCACCUUAACUGUACCAAUCGUAAUAUUUCCAAUCCGCAGCUCCAUCACUGAGUUGUUGUUCUCAGGAAAGGAUUUUGCAUGGUGGCGCCACAUUCUGAUCACACUUGUAACUCUGGCAUUCACCAACGUACUGGUCAUCUUUGUUCCUACCAUAAGAGAUAUCUUUGGAUUUAUUGGUGCCUCUGCUGCUGCUAUGCUAAUUUUUAUCCUACCGUCAGCUUUUUACAUCAAACUAGUAACGAAGGAAUCCAUGAAAUCUGUUCAAAAGAUUGGGGCUAUGUUGUUUCUUAUAAGUGGCAUUGUAGUUAUGAUUGGCAGUAUGACCCUGAUUAUUAUGGACUGGGUGCACAAUGCUUCUGCUGAUGGACACUAAAGUACGUGGUGAGGAACUUUUGCUUGAAAGUGGAACUGUGUUCACUCCCAAGCUUUCUACUGAGAAUGAAAAUUCGCCAUUGCUUGCAGUUUCACUUCCUUCAAGAUACCGUUUCUUGUAGAACAAGAGAACUCUUAAGACAUUCGUUCUACACCUUAACAAGGACACUACCAUCUUUAUUCCAAAGUUUCUGACAAAAGGAAGUAAUUUAUUCCAUUCUGGAGAAUGGUCAACAAUAUCUACAUGUUAUUGAAGCCACAUGGUUGGCUGUUGUCAAUUACUGUUUCUUGUACUUGUAUGUUAAUACUUGAAUGUGCCUACAGGAACCGUUUGAUGUGAGUAAAUGUUACACUGCUAAGUGUGAGUUUGGCUGAGGGACAAAACCCAACUCUUUGUACCAAAAAUACUCAUCAAUUUCAAAGCACUUCUAACUGGAGGGAUACAGACAUGAUGCUCAUGUUUCAGAACCCAUAGCUGGUUUCCUGCAGUGUCUUUAAACAUAAUCAGUAUUUUAGUAAAUAUUUAUUUUGUCCUCUGAGCAAGGGCAUGGUGGAAAAUAAGAAUGUCUGGUUUGGAAAAAGACUGAAUACUGUUUCUACUUGACUGUCACCAGUGUAUUGCUUUGGGAAGUUCAGGUUACCUUCAGUACUAAAGCAGUCUUUCUGUACAUAGACUAUUGAUGCUUUAGCACUGACCUAAGAGCCUUUUACUAAUAAUUUGACAUAUUCAUUUAGGUAAUACAUGAGGUACACCAUUGUUAAACAGAAAGUCCAAAUGUUAUUGUCGAUCAAACCUGUUAUGCUACUGCUGUUAUAGCCUAAGCAUGGUACAUAAGUGAAAUAUUUAAUGGCUAAUUUAUUGCAGCCCAUGGCAGUUUACAUCAUGUAUAGUAUUUCUCAAUAUUUAAACUUUAAUUUAUAAAAUACUGGAUUACUUGAGGAACUUUUUCUCUUUAAAACCACAAAACCUACUUGGAUUUCUUGCUCAUAAAAUGUUUACUGGGUACAUAUUGCAAAAUGUUUGCUACAGUUCAAAAGGCUACAGUCAUUUCUGCUGCCAGUUUAGCAACUUGUGUAGCUGACAUGUAUCUAAAAAGCUACGUGUGACUAUAUGUAAUAGCCUCUGUUAGCUUUUAGCUAAAGAGGAGUAUUAGUUUUUUAAAGUGUACCUGUCGCUUAUUCAUAUAUAAAGCAGCCUUUUCAUGAUGCUACCAGAAAUAUGGGUGGUAUCCUACUAGGAGCGGUGAUUUACUGCACAAUAGUAAUGGGCUUUUUAGCCUGAUAAUGCUAUUGGGCUAUCCAAUUACAGUCUGGUUUUAUCAUGCGGUAAAUCACCCGUUAUCAGCUGAUAACACAUGGGAUCCAUGAUAACAUUGUGGACCCAUGUGUUAGCAUCCAAUAACAGGUCUCCUGGGACUGGUUAUCGGUGAUUCUGUUUUGUGAGCCUCAGCAUAAUCCCCUGUAACUGCCGACUUGCCGGGCUAAUUGGAUAGCCCCGGGGAAACUCACCGCAGCUAAUAGGAUAGCACCCUUAGUCAUUAUUAAUUCUCUAGGAUUUAGUGAUCUCACUGGGGCACAACACACAAAGUCCCCUGUGUCUAUGUAAUGUCACUCAUUUCUAUUGCAUUAAAUAGGCUUAAUAUCAGUCCAGAAAACUGACUGCUUUCACUGCCUGUAGGUGUGGGGUACACUUUAAGAGUUGCAGCAAUCUUUUGCUAGUUCUCACAAGUGGUCUCUAGGUCAAUAUGUUCAACACAUACAUCAUUGCAUAAAUAAGUCACACAAUAGUCAUUAAGUGUAUUACGUAUGUUAUUAUAUAAAACUGUUUUUGUGUAUACGCUAUAUUUCUGUUUACUAACGGUGAUGCAGGUACACGACCUGUACAUUGUCAUAGUCCAGAUAUCCAGUAAGAGCAAACAAGGGGAAAAUGAUGUUUAAACAAAGUCACCUCCUCAUCAUGAGAAUUGAUAUUUCACCACUUAUGCCACCUCAUUGUCUUCCACAGACGAACAUACUCUAAGGGGUCCAUUUACUACAGUUUCUAAAACAGAGAAUUGGUGAUGUUGCCCAUAGCAACUAGAUGCGGUCUAUCAUUUUCUAAAAGGCAAUAGAGAAAUUAUAGACCGCAUCUGGUUGCUAUAGGCAAUAUCACCAAUUCUGUUUUAGAAGCUUUAGUAAAUGUACCCCUCAUUUGCUGUUUUACAACAUUAACUCAUUGAAAGGCAACCUAUUUUUCAAUAUUUGUGAUGUUUGUAUAGCAGAAAUAUGUAAAUAUAUAAAUAUUUCAUUUGUAGAUAAAAAAACUUUUUUAUUUGUUCUGUACAUUUUUAUUAUGAUCAUUGUCUGCAGAAGGUUUACUCAAAUGUAUUUAAGGGAACCUCUACCCCUACCCCUACCUCUACCCCGACAAAUAAGGAGAAAGGUGUGUAUAUAUUAGCUCUGUCAGAUUUUACAGUGGGCUAUUUAUUUCCCUUUGCAUAGCUUUGUAUACUAAAAUUCUUCUGUAGACAGGGAAUUUCAGUGCUUGUCUACAGUUUACUAGAACUUUAUCAUUUGAUUGCAGGAAAUAACCAUUUUAUUUAUUUUUUUCUAUUUCAUUUAAAAUUACCCGUCAACUGUUUUUAACCCUGUUGACUUUCCUCCAUAUUUAAUCCUAUUGUCCAGGAGUAGUAAUAAUGCCUAAUUGAUAGGUACAUCAAUAUUAUUUACAGCGUAAGAUCCACUUGUAUUUAUGUGGAUUCUCUUUAAAGAUACUAAAUAUGUCUCGAUCUUGCAGGAUGACAUAAUGAUUGAUUAAACAAGCAAAUAUCACAAUACUCACUAUAUGUUAAUGUAUAUAGACCAUUGUAACUGGAACAAAGUAGUAGCUGCUUUAUUAAACUAUGAUUUGUUUAUUUUACAA